UAAGCUCUUUGACUGACAGCAGAGUGCCAAAAGGCGCAGACGAAUUCCGAUUGGCCAGAGCGAAUUUUACAAUCUCCUCUUGUUUCUAAGCUGAGCGCAGGCAGAGCGCUUUUCCUCCGCAAACACUGGCCGAGAGUAUAACACGCAACAGAGGUGCUCGGAGGGGCUGAAAGCUACGAGUUCACCCAAACAAGAUCGAUCUGCACAGUACGGCUUUGUUUCGUAUUUGUUUACUGUAAUAACUUUGAGUUUGUAGUUGAAGUGACGCUCGAAUCGUCCGUGCGUGCGAGCCGUACCUACCGAGCUGCUUUUAUUGUGCUGUGGCCAAAAAGAAAGCAUGACUUCUGCUCCUGUGUCGCUGUUGAGAAUGAUCCGUCUGGCGGUGACAGUGGCGCUCAUAUCGUCGUGUAGUGCGUCAGAGUACGAGUACCUCAGCUGGAAGUCGGACAUGUACAACGGCGGACGAAGCUACGGCAAGCCUCCCCAGUGCGUUGACAUCCCGGAGGACUUGCGGCUCUGUCACAACGUAGGCUAUAACCAGAUGCUGUUGCCCAACCUAUUGGAGCACGAAACCAUGGCCGAGGUGAAGCAGCAGGCCAGCAGCUGGGUGCCACUGGUGCACAAGAACUGCCACCCAGGCACGCAGGUCUUCCUCUGCUCGCUGUUUGCGCCCGUGUGCCUGGAGAGGCCCAUCUAUCCGUGCCGCUGGCUGUGCGAGGCCGUGCGGGACGGCUGCACCCCCAUCAUGGAGUCGUUUGGCUUCCCCUGGCCGGAGAUGCUCACCUGCGACAAGUUUCCCCAAGAUGAUGUGUGCAUCGCCAUGCCGCAGCCUAACGCCACCGAGGCCACCCAGCCGACAGGUUACUCUCCCAUCUGCCCACCAUGUGACAAUGAAAUGAAAACAGAUGCCAUGCUGGAGCACAUGUGUGCCAGCGAGUUCGCUUUCAAAACCAAGAUCAAGGAGGUGACACGGGAAAACAUGGACCGGAAGGUGAUCUUGCAGAAGAGGAAGAAGAUGUUGAAAGCGGGAAACCUGAAGAAGAAGGACAUGAAAACACUGGUGCUGUACUUAAAAAACGGCGCGGACUGCCCCUGCCAGCAGCUUGAUAACUUGGGCAACCAGUAUCUAAUCAUGGGCCGCAAGGUGGAUCAGCAGUACCUCCUCACGGGCAUACACAAGUGGGACAAGUCCAGCAAAGAGUUCAAACAGGCCAUCAAGAAACUCAAAACAUACAAAUGUUCCUCAUUUGACAAUGUCUUCUAAUGAUAAGCCCUCCACCUCCACAACACGCACACACACACACACACACACACACACACACACACACACACACACGCAUAUAUGCACAUGCACACACAUUCUUUGGUCCCAUUGCAUCCUACAUAUGACUUAGACAGGUGAUCAAAUCCAAAAGGGUCACUCCUGUUUUCCUGUUUAUAUAAAUAUAUAUAGCUUUGUAUUUUAAAAAUAUACAUGUCCAUUUUUUAUUUUUAGCUUAAUGAGGUGAGUGACAAUACUACAAAGGAAGGGUUCGGAUCGCUUUUCUUUUUCUGCUUCAGAAAAGAACAAUAUAAUUCCCCCUGAAACCAAGUUGAUUUAACAUGAGAUACUCCGUUACACUCCUACAUUCACAGGUCUGUGGAUUCUUUCGAUGAUUGUUUUGGUUGUUAUUAGGGUUGUCAGCAUUAACUGCUUCAUCGCGAUCAAUUAAGGUCUGAAAUAAAUGCAUUCUUUUUUUUAUCCCGAUUAAUCUCAAGCUAUUUUGUCCCUUUAGGCUCCCUGUAGAUUAGCCUCCUCAGUGUCUCCCUGUAGUCUCAGAGAUGUAAAAGCACACUGCUGCAUCAUUGAAUGUCUCAUUUCACUUUAACAAACUCUCAGACAGCUCAGCUGACGAGUCCAAAGUAAUAUCCACCUUAUGACAUCACACAUUGACCUUUGUAACCGUUCCUUUGAGCUGUUUGACGUCAGUUUGGGAUCCGUAACCAUGUCCUCUUUCCUGUGCUUAAGUUAAUGUUGUAACCUCCCAUCUACCUGAAGGUUCUUUAUUUCAAAAUAAAAGCAUACAUAUUAUGUAAAAUCCACUUCACCAUGUUGUUCUAGCACCAAUAUGCAUCUCUACUCUGUCUACAAACCCUCCAAUGAUGAGAAAAGUCCACCAUCUCCGUCUUUAGAGUGCUCCACUUUUCAGAAAAUGUGUGCUCAAACAGGCCGUUUGGAGAUUUUCCCUUCAUGACAUCACAAAGGGCAGUAACCCCUCCCCCAGGUGGGUGACACUCCCACAGCUAGGUGUUUGUUCUGCCCUCUGAGUCUGCCUUCUCACUUUAAACAAUAGGACAUGGAGCGAGAAAGCACAGAGCCACACAAGCCCUUCCAGAGAGGGGGCGUGGUCAGACACAGCUCAUUUACAUAUUUAAAGGUACAGACACAGAAACAGCCUGUUCUGAGCAGGGCUGAAAUAGAGGGGUUUAUAGACAUGAUCGAAUACAGGAUCAGAGUGGAUUUAGAACAAGAAACUUCACACACAUGCUUUGAGGAGCUCUGAGACUUAUUUAAACUGGUUGAAGAGAAGGAGAACAUGUGACCUUUAAGGCAGUAGGAAAAUCAAAAUAAAAGCCUGACAAUUUUUAUUUUAAAAUGCAAAAUAAUGGAAUUCCAAAUGAGCGAUUAAAAUGUGACUAAUAGUGAUGAAGUAUUGAAAUUUAGUGAUUAAUCAAAAUUAAAAUUUGUAAUCCUUUGACAGCCCUCGUUGUUUUGUACAAAGGAGUAUAAGGGCCACAUUCAGGGGAAUUUAUUUUUGAGAAUUCUUGAUUAAAGUCAUAAAGUUAUGAGAAAAAAGUCAUAAGAUAAGACAGUCAAAAAUGUAUGAGAUUAAAAUCGUAAAAAUUACGAACAUCAAAGUUGUUAUUUUAGUCUAUAGUUCUAUCAGAAGAGCAGGAGCAAAUGAGGAACAUGGAGCAUCUUGUGAAGUUACACUUGAGUAAAGGUUUCAUAAAUAAGGAUGCUUCCUUGUGUAGUUUGUAACACAGCCUGACUGAGUAUUUACUCUCUGUGGAAUGAGCUGCUUUAAGGUCCCUAAAUAUCCCAUUAGUUGUGUUGGGGCUUUAUGUGUGCUGAUAUGAAACUACACACUUUUGGCACAUCAGCGUCACAUCGUUGUGAGAAUCAGGACCCUGAAAAGAUACUGCAGGAAACUUUUCUGGAGAAAGAACCACACUGACCUGGAGGAAAUCGUCUCUUUUGUGUCUGAGAAAAUGUCUGUGAGGGUUCUCAUUUCAUAAUUUUCGCGCAGCAGCAUGGCUGCUCUUCUGAUACAACCUUUCAGAAUAAGAAUUUUAACCAUAGCCUGAUUCGAGUUAUGAUUUUAAUAUAAUACAUUCACGACUAUACUCAAAAUGUUAGAUGUUUUUUUCUUUAACAAGGCCCUAUCACUCCGUCGUAGUUUUGUGUAAUAUACUUUAUUUUUACUUACAGAGAGACAAAAAAUUAUACCACUUUCCCCCAAUACCCACAUACUCUGUGCGCGACGUGGUCUGUCAGCGCCACGGUUUUGCUCCGUACGACACUGCCCUGCCCCUAUUUCUGGAACGUGAGCGCUCAGCUGUGAUCAGCUGUACACACAUCACAGGAGAACUCCAAGAUCACGUGGGAAUAAAGAGAAAAACGUGCAAACAACAUGUUGCUUUGUCUUUCUGAGGAUGAUUGUUGUUUGUUCGGAUCCUGUUUUAACGUAAUGUUGAUAAAGUGAUGAAAAAAACGAUCGCUAAUCCGUAUAUCGUGUUUUAUUUUGAAAUUGACGGGCUGCUCUGUGCGUUUCCUUGUCUGACUUCCUGUCCGGGCUGUCAUAUUCUGUCCAUCUUGACGCGUGCCUGCAGCGCACUCCAUUGAAUAUAGACUCGCAGCAUGUUUGAAACAAGGCAGAGCGUAGUAGCGUUGGUCACACGCUCCGGAGACAGAGCAUGGCGCCCCCUGUGGAAACACAAUGAUUGACUAGAGUGGCAGCGAACUACGCCAUAGUGCAUGUCGCUGACAGACCGCGGCGCGCAUGGAGUAUGUGGAAAUUAGGGGUUUCCGUUCUUCAGGGCAAAUAUCAAACUAAAGCCAGCAGGGAGUUAUCUGAGAAAAGACUGGAGAAAGAAAGAAACAGUGAUGUGGUACAGUCCAAUAAUACAAACCUCAAAGUGUCCAUCAAUCACAUUUAUUCAUGUAUAUAUUUGACAAAUUCAGUAUAAUGUUUAUUGAUUGUUUAAAAAAACUUCUUUAGAGUUGGACUUUUAAAACCAAACUGAAAACACAAGUUAAACACAAGGAUGAGAAAGUGUCCUGAGUGCUCGAAUCAGCUGCUUGUGCUGUCAAAGUUCACACUGAGCAGACCAAUCAUUUUACAAAAUUUCCUUUUCAUUUAUUCAAUUUGUUUCAUCACAUUCCACUUUGUUACUUGAAAAGUCUGAAGGUGAUCAUAACUAACUGUCUAUAUGAUGUAGAUAAAAUGUCGACCUGUGUGUAUUUUCAGCUGAUAAUCAUACCACUAUUCUGUUUUUGUGUGUCGAGCUUACCUGCGGUUAUCAUCAGUAUUCAUUGGUGAUGUGAAACACCUUGAAGUCAUACAUGUUGACCAUGCAAAAGAAAUCAAAGCGCAAACAUCGCCAACUCACUCUUCUGUUGUAUUUUUGCUUGUUGGUCUGUUUUAGCACUCUCUUGUUUCACAUUUGAAUGUCCCUGGCACAUUGCCAUGAUUUACGUGUACAUACAAAUUUUACAUUAAAAGAUGGUAACACUGA